UAGAAUUAAAAAUACUUCUUCAGUGGAGUUUGAGCCCGUUAAAAUAACAAAUGGCUUCAGCCCAUGAUUCUUUACUAGGCUUUUCUGCUCCACCCCUAUUUAUGAUAUCUAAACCCAUCCAAUUGAAUCCACAAACUAUCACUCCUCCUCAUCUCUUGUUUCCGUCGUUGGCUACCACUUCCCCUCUGGCUCACUCUUUCUCUUUCUUUUACCGAAAUAAAGUUUUCUUGCCUUAAAAAGGAUUUUGUCUUAAUUACCUUUUCAGCUAUGGAUGACGACAAUUCCAACGCGGUUCGGAGAAUGUCCAGCCGUACUCGUAAAGUGGCUCCUAAAAUGGCUGCAGCACUUGGCAGUUCUGAUAAUCGAACUCAGGCAGCUUUGGCUCGUCUUGAAGCUUUGGAGAAUGAUAACGCAGGGAUUGAAACAAUUGAAAUGAACGAUGAUGAUGAAGCUUCUCUUGAUGACGAAGAUCAAGCGUACAUGCAAAAGAAGUCCAAGGGCACCAAGCGCAAAACUCGACAGGCAAAAGCGCUUGAAAAUGCUAGGAAGGCUCCGAGAACGUUUCUUGAGCUCUUAAAUGAGGCAAACUUGGAGUCUUUGCCUCCUAAUGUUCCAUCCUAUUUGAGGGCAGCAGUGGGACCUCCAAGCUCUACCUCCCGCCGGCAUUUCUGCAGCGUUUGUGGGUUUACUGCAAGCUAUACAUGUGUCACGUGUGGGAUGCGCUUUUGUUCAUGCCGUUGCCAAAAUGUACAUAUCGAUACUCGAUGCAUGAAAUUUGUUACUUGAGUGAUGAGAAAGGAACCAGAAAAUUUUGUUCACGUGGCAAAACUCAUCAUAUGCCAAAAGUAUUCUAUGUAGAUACUGUUACAAAAUUUUCAAAUGUAGUCUUAACAAAUGAAGGCUUUCUGUGCCACUGUUUCUUGGUAGAGUUUGUAAAGCAAGGGCAAAGGUGAAAUAAGAGGAAGAAACCUUUUCUGUCCUGUUCAAGAUUGAUUCUCUUGUUGUACUCAGAUCCCGACGGCGUGUGUCCAGGCCAGGUUGCUUAGGUUGCUUCUCAGUGCAUCAUACUGCUGAUCAACAAUAAAAAGAGAUAAAAGUUAAAUCAAGAGAGGAGCUAAAUUCUCUUUAUAAGUCAAAGCAGUUGAAGAAUUAAUUGCCAACUAUAAGUUCCCAGUCAUGUAAUUUGUCCCCUCAGUCAGAACCUAGUCAUAAAGAAAAAACGAUUCAAAAAAUUUUGGUUGUAUUCUUUGUGUUGUUCGUAUUCACGGCAAGGAAGAUGUAGGCUGCAACAUGCCAAUGCAACGUCUU